AUGACAAUGGACGUCUUAGCAUUCGUUGUUGGUCUUUUGGGCCUUGUGUCGAGAGUAGCCGCGACUGGACCAGUGCCUGUCACUAGGAGUGGUCUCGCUGACUUCCCAUACCUGAGCUCGAUAGCCUGGUGCAUGCACGAGUUCUGUCCGUCGAGUGUUCGAGCUUCGACGAUUGAGGAGUUCUGGGAGACGGAGAUCACUGGAGAUGUUAGCAUUCUUCCGCAGUGGAGCUAUGGCGAGGUGCUGGCGAAUAUCUCCACUCCACCGACGAUGGCCGCGAACUCGUCGGACAUGAUGAUGGUCUUGAACAUGACCAUGCUCACGACGGAAGCCAACUUCCAGGCGACGUGGAUCACACUGUAUUACUUCUUCCGCGAGACUUACCCUCGCUCGAUGUAUGGUCUGGUCCAACGGAUUAGACCAUACAUCUGGCCCAGCACAGUCGGAAGCUACCACGACCGACCACUGCCAUACCUGAUCGGCAACGCCCCGACAGUCGGCCAAGGAUUCUACAUCGCGGUGGUGACAAUCCUGAACAUCAUCUUCCUCUGCAUUGGUUACAAGACCGCGUGGCCGCGACAAGAGAACCAGUGGUAUAAGAACCGAUAUCAAGAGCUCAUGGCGUACUGGAUGUGGCGCACUGGUGUACUGGCGUUUUGCAACAUGCCGGUUUUGUUCCUGUUCUCGAGCAGAAACAACAUCCUGUUGUGGUUGACCAACUGGUCGCAUUCGACUUACAUGGUGCUCCAUCGGUGGAUUGCCAGAUUGUUUCUCUUGCAGACCUUGCUGCACUCCAUCCUGGCUCUAGUGCUGUACACCAACACCGGAUCUUAUUCCACAUCCUUGAAGACUGGAUGGUGGAUAUGGGGCUGCGUCGCGACAGUGGCUGCCGUCAUCAUUGUGCUGACCAGCUUCCUCUUCAUUCGCCAACAAGCCUAUGAGCUCUUCUUGGUCACUCACGUUAUCAUGGCUGUCAUCGUCGUGGUCGGCUGCUGGUACCAUGUCUACAUUGGAUACGAGAACACUUUUGGGUACGAGACAUGGCUGUACGCCACGAUUGCCGUCUGGUUCUUCGAUCGACUCGUACGUAUCGGCCGCAUCAUUGACACGGGAAUACGACAUGCAAAGGUUACUGAAGUAGGCUCGACAAUCGUUCGCAUCGACAUACCUCGCAUCCGGUGGGCGGAGCCUGGUCGUUGCGUUUAUGUGUACUUCCCGUCGCUCAGUCCGUUCAAGCCGUGGGAGAACCACCCGUUCUCAACAAUCCCCACAGAAUUGCUAUCCAGGCACAAGGACAGUGACGGGUCUGCCUCAUCAUUCAAGGAUUUGGAGAAGAGCGACCCGGUGACUGUAGCCCCGGUUUCCUCGGAUACAGCAAUCGACAGCAAAACUUACACAAAUUCUGGCCUGACGUUGUUCGUCCGCAAGAGCACCGGGACCACGAGAUAUCUGAGAGAAGACAAGAGGAUGCCGGUGCUUCUUGAAGGUCCAUACCCGACGAACCCGACCAAGGCAGUUCUACGAAGUGACCGUCUACUGCUCAUUGGAGGCGGUAUUGGCGUCACCGGUCUGAUGCCAUUCGUGGACCGCCAUCCUAACAUCAAGCUCAUGUAUGGCGUGAAGGCUGCUGAUCAGUGCUUGGUGGAUGCUCUGAGUGGCGUGUUGGAGGAUAUUCGUGAGAAAGAGAUUGUCGUUGGCCAAAGACUUGGACUAGAUGCCAUGCUAAGAGCAGAGGCAGAGAUGGGAUGGUCCAAGAUUGCAGUGAUUGUGUGUGGCCCGGCCAGCAUGUGCGAUGAUGUGAGGUCCAUUGUGUCCAAGCUUGGAAGAGAAAAGGCGGGAGAGUGUUCGUUCGAGCUGGAGAUAGAUGCCUUCUCGCGUUGA